CCAAACAACGGGAUAAGUGAUACGAGCGGUCCAGCAGUUUUACCACUUCGUCAGAUAUUCAAGAUCGCAUAGCAUUCUUAUCGUAAAGUUGCUUCGUUCUGCACGGUUCAGUGAUUCAAGAUGCAAAAAAUCGUCUUCUUCGGUGGAACCGGCAUGACCGGCCAGUGUGCAGUACGAUAUGCACUCCAGAAAGGCCUGACUGUGCGGUUACUGGUGCGCAACGAAUCGACCGUUCCGGAUGACUUUAAGGAAAAGGUCGAACUCAUCAAAGGUGAUGUAACGAACAAAGACGAUGUGAAGAAAGCGGUCGAGGGCCAGGAGUUGGUUUGCGUGGUGCUCGGAACACGCAAUGACCUAAAGCCGACGACGGCGAUGUCCGAUGGCAUGUCGAACAUUAUCGCGGCGAUGAAGGAAGCUUCAUUAAAGAAGUUUUCAGUGUGUCUGUCCUCUUUCCUGUUUAUGGACCCGGAAAAGGUUCCUGGAAUGUUUGUGAACAUCAAUGGAGAGCAUAAGCGUAUGCUGGAAAUGGUCAAAUCCUGUGCGCUCGAGUACCGGGCGGUGCUGCCUCCACAUAUUGCAGACGAACCGCAGGCUAAAUUUGAUACCGCUUAUGAUAAGCCACCCGGCCACUCGAGGUCUAUUUCGAAACUCGAUCUCGGACAGUUCCUCGUUGAUUGUCUCUUCGAAGAGACCCAUUCUGAAAAGGUCAUCGGCAUUUGCACUGUUAAGUAAUGCAUAGAGAUUCAGUUUUCGACACAACAACCGAAGUAUGUGUUGUUUUUUUUUGGUUCUGGAU